CCAGGGAGAGAUACGCUCCGAGCCGACUCACUGUCUCACUCUGCCCCCCUCAGUCGGUAUGUAGCAGCGGCUGGAUCAGAGUUAGACAAGAGAGAAACGCCGCGUAUGUCGAGGAUUUAACGCCACGAGAACAACCAAACAACAAUGAGACGAACACCGUCGGCGUGAAGGACUACUUUUUGACACGCCGUUACGUUCAAAUUCGCCUAUAUUUUUCCCCCUUUAAAAAAUGGCGAACGAUUCUCCGGCCAAAAGCCUGGUGGAUAUUGACUUGGCAUCCCUGCGGGAUCCUGCUGGGAUUUUUGAACUGGUGGAAGUAGUGGGAAAUGGCACCUAUGGACAAGUCUACAAGGGUCGGCAUGUCAAGACCGGACAGCUGGCGGCCAUUAAAGUCAUGGACGUCACAGAGGACGAAGAGGAGGAGAUCAAGCUGGAGAUCAACAUGCUGAAGAAGUACUCACAUCAUCGCAACAUUGCCACCUACUACGGCGCCUUCAUCAAGAAAAGUCCACCCGGGCACGACGAUCAGCUAUGGCUGGUGAUGGAGUUCUGCGGGGCCGGGUCCAUCACAGACCUGGUGAAGAACACCAAAGGCAAUACACUGAAGGAGGACUGGAUCGCUUACAUCUCUAGAGAAAUCCUCAGGGGCUUAGCUCACCUUCACGCCCAUCACGUCAUUCAUCGUGACAUUAAGGGCCAGAACGUGCUACUGACUGAGAACGCCGAAGUCAAGUUGGUGGACUUUGGCGUGAGUGCUCAGUUGGACCGAACGGUGGGCCGCCGGAACACCUUCAUUGGGACGCCUUACUGGAUGGCCCCGGAAGUCAUUGCCUGUGACGAAAACCCGGACGCCACUUACGACUAUCGGAGUGACUUGUGGUCCUGUGGAAUUACGGCCAUUGAGAUGGCUGAAGGGGCUCCACCGUUGUGCGACAUGCACCCCAUGAGGGCGCUCUUCCUCAUCCCCAGAAAUCCCCCUCCGAGACUCAAGUCUAAAAAAUGGUCCAAGAAGUUUUUCAGCUUUAUUGAGGGCUGUCUGGUGAAGAACUACACACAGCGGCCGCCCACUGAGCAGUUGCUCAAACACCCCUUUAUCAGGGACCAGCCCAAUGAGCGGCAAGUGCGCAUCCAGCUCAAGGACCACAUUGACCGCACUAAGAAAAAGCGAGGAGAGAAAGAUGAAACUGAAUACGAAUAUAGCGGAAGUGAAGAAGAGGAGGAAGAAUCAUCAGAGCAGGAAGGAGAACCCAGCUCCAUCGUCAAUGUGCCGGGAGAGUCGACGCUGCGUCGGGACUUCAUCCGUCUGCAGCAGGAGAACAAGGAGCGCUCGGAGGCGCUGCGCCGCCAGCAGCUCCUGCAGGAGCAACAGCUGCGAGAGCAGGAGGAGUAUAAGCGCCAGCUGCUGGCGGAAAGGCAGAAGCGCAUUGAGCAGCAGAAAGAGCAGCGACGGCGGCUUGAGGAGCAACAACGACGCGAGCGCGAGAUGCGCCGCCAGCAGGAACGAGAGCAGAGGCGGCGCGAGCAAGACGACAAACGGAGAGCCGACGAGUUGGAACGUCGCCGCAAGGAGGAGGACGAGCGGCGACGGGCCGAGGAGGAAAAACGGCGGGCUGACAGGGAGCAGGAGUACAUCAGGCGGCAGCUGGAGGAGGAGCAGAGGCACCUGGAGAUCCUGCAGCAGCAGCUGCUGCACGAACAGGCCAUGUUGCUGGAGUACAAAUGGCGAGAGCUGGAGGAGCAGCGGCAAGCCCAAAAGCUCCAGAAGCAGCUUCAGCAGCAGCAGGCCUACCUGCUGUCCCUGCAGAACCAGCAGAACCUGGACCUUAAUAGUCAUAAAGGCACCCUCAAAAAUCCGGAACACAACACGGGAGCUGAAAAGAAAACGGCGGUGACUGAAUGCGAACCGCUAGCAGAGGCGGACGAACGCUACCGGAAGAACAUCCAAGGUUCUCCUCAGUCAGCGCAAACGAAGCCGCCGCAACCGCCAGUUCCGCCCCGAUCCGAGUCGUCUUACCCUAAUGGGAACGCGGAGGCCAUGCACCGGCCUGCGGAGUCACAGGUGCGCGGCCCAAAAAGUGGCGGCAACCCGCCACCUCUGCCUGUCACCGCUGUGUGUCGCUCACACUCCUUCAGCGAGCCUCACCAUCUUCCUCCAUCUUCAUCAUCACCCCCACAAUCAUCAUCAUCAUCACAACACGCACAAGCCCCACCACAGACUAGACCCCAUCAAGCGGUAACUCCUACUUCUGCAGAAGUACCACCCAGGGUCCCGGUCAGGACAACGUCCCGCUCUCCAGUGUUGCCGAGGCGAGACUCGCCUCAUCGCCACGGCAACGCGCCUCCUGUUAUCAACCGCAACACUGGCAGCACGGCCGAGCCUCGACUGCUGUGGGAGCGAGUGGAGAAGAUGCUUCCCAGGUCAGCGGGAAGCGGUAGCGGCUCCAGCGGAGGUUCUGGUUCCUCCAGCAGCUCGUCCAGCAACUCCAGCUCACAGGCUGGGUCUGGAGAGAGGUUCAGGGCCCGCUCCUCCUCCAAAUCUGAGGGUUCGCCCCUCCAGAGGCUCGAGAACGCCGUGAAAAAACCCGAAGAGAGGCCGAGACCUGGCAGGCCAGCGCAGGACCUGACUGCGCUAGCUAAGGAACUCCGUGCAGCGGAUGACGUGCGCCCCCCAAACAAGGUGACUGAUUACUCAUCGUCCAGCGAGGAUUCGGACACCACGGACGACGAUGACGACGAGGAGGUGGACCAGGAGGGUGGCGAGGAGUCCACGUCGGGCCCGGAGGACUCGAGAGCUGUGUCGUCCCGGCUUAGUAACGGCGAGACUGAGUCGGUAAAGACGAUGAUCGUCCAUGAUGAGGGUGAGAACGACGCGGGCUCCACACCGUGCAAAGACAGCACCCUGGUUGUCCGACAGAGCGAACCCAAAAAAAGACCCGCCGGCUCGGGGUCCAGCCCGGGCCUCCUCGCCCAGCACGCCCCCACACCCCUACAUCACCACCACCACCACCACCAACACAAUCAUCACCCUUCCCAUCAUCAUCCGCAGCAGCAAGCGGCCGAGCGGAACGGCUUUGCGGGGCGCAUCCACCUCUUGCCAGACCUGAUCCAGCAGAGCCAUCAUUCCUCCCCGUCCUCCUCCCCAUCCUCCCCUUCCUCCUCAUCGUCCUCCUCCGGUCUGGCCAGUCCCAUCGCGUCCCCUCAAAGCCCCCUGGACAAGCUGGCGCUCCUCAUCGAGAGUCAGUCGAGCAACAACAUGCAGAAACACAAGUCGUCGUCCUCAUUCACACCAUUCAUCGAUCCGCGUUUGCUGCAAGUGUCGCCUUCCGCUGGUAGCGCCCUCAACAAUGUCGGCUAUGGCAACGACGCCCGUCUAGCAGAGGCCCUGCGGGCAGACGCGUCGCGCAAAGGUUCUGUGGUCAACGUGAACCCGGUCAACACUCGCCCGCAGAGCGACACGCCCGAGAUCCGAAAGUACAAAAAGAGGUUCAACUCGGAGAUCCUCUGCGCGGCCUUGUGGGGAGUGAACUUACUGGUGGGCACGGAGAGCGGUCUGAUGCUUUUGGACCGCAGCGGUCAGGGCAAAGUUUACCCGCUCAUCAACCGAAGGCGUUUCCAGCAAAUGGACGUGCUGGAGGGACUCAAUGUCCUAGUCACCAUCUCGGGUAAGAAGAACAAGCUGCGUGUUUACUAUCUGUCGUGGCUGCGGAACAAGAUUCUGCACAACGACCCCGAGGUGGAGAAGAAACAAGGCUGGACCACCGUGGGUGACCUAGAAGGUUGUGUCCAUUACAAAGUCGUCAAAUAUGAGAGGAUCAAGUUCUUGGUCCUGGCCUUGAAGAACUCGGUGGAAGUCUACGCAUGGGCACCCAAACCUUAUCACAAGUUCAUGGCCUUCAAGUCUUUUGGUGAGCUCGUUCACAAGCCGCUUCUGGUGGACUUGACAGUGGAGGAAGGCCAAAGGUUAAAGGUGAUUUACGGCUCGUGCUCGGGCUUCCAUGCCGUGGAUGUGGACUCGGGAGCGGUCUACGACAUCUAUCUGCCCACCCACAUCCAAACGCACAUCCAGUCGCACGCCAUCAUCAUCCUUCCCAACACAGACGGUAUCGAGCUGCUGGUUUGCUACGAGGACGAGGGCGUCUACGUCAACACCUACGGACGCAUCACCAAGGAUGUGGUGCUGCAGUGGGGGGAGAUGCCCACCUCCGUCGCCUACAUCCGGUCCAAUCAAAUCAUGGGCUGGGGCGAGAAGGCCAUUGAGAUCCGCUCGGUGGAGACGGGCCACCUGGACGGCGUCUUCAUGCACAAGAGGGCCCAAAGACUCAAGUUCCUGUGCGAGAGGAAUGACAAGGUGUUUUUUGCCUCGGUGCGGUCCGGGGGGUCCAGUCAGGUCUACUUUAUGACUCUGGGCCGAAGCAACCUGCUCAGCUGGUAGACGUCUUCCUCUCCCUCCGCUUCCUCUACGUCCUGCUCCUCGCUAACACUGGAUCUCAGAAGCCCGACACUUCCUCACCGGACCCCGAGUGGAUACCGAGGACUCCGUGCAGCCAGCCCCCCGCGAGAGGAGGGCGGAGUCAAAUGUGAAUUCCCGGAGGAGGAAAUUUCCCUCCCCCCAAAAAUGUUCUGGUGCUCGUCAUCGUCGUCCUCGUGGCUCCUCUCGGACUUUGAACGUCUUUAACCGCCGGAAAAGUUUUAACCAGUCAGUAAAUGUUUGUCUUUGUUCUCGUGUGACCGGGAUGAUGAUGACGAUGAAGCUGAAAUGCGUCGCCACGGUGAUGCACAAUGAGGGCGGGGGACUCUUUUACGGCAGAAAGUGAGGGUGAAAAAGGACAAAACAGAUGGAUUCCAGAGUCAUAGUUUUUUUCUUAUUCCUCCAACACGAGCGUGAAUAUUUGUCGCUUAUCUUAUUUUUGUUUUUAUUAUUAAUAUGAAUAAUAUUAUGAUUAUUUUCCAAUGCACAUCCACCUGUUCCCCCGACCGUCUUGCUUGCUUCCACCCACAGAGGGCGACGUGCUGUCUGCACAGAAUGUGUGCGUACCAAAAAAAGAAGUCAAUAAAGUUGUGUAUGUACAAAGUGUA